CUUCCUGUCAGGAAACACUAAAAUAGUCAGACGUUGUGCCAUUGUGUCUUGAAGUUGAAUUGGUCACAAUGAACAUUUUGAGUGUUUCUAGAGUAUGCUGGUAUGUCACUAUGGAAAACCAUUGGAACAUUUAUUCGAUGGCUGCUCUGUCCUCACUGAGUCACUGGAGCAUUAGUGUGCGACAUUUAGAAGAAAAGAAAAAAAAAUCUGCUGUCAAGUUGAAACGAAUGCUUCCGUCCAAACACAUACCCGCCCACUCAAUCCCACCUCACGCUGUGACGCGGCUGGCAAAAGCGUGGCUUGCUGAGGACACACCAAACUUUGAUCCGGCGGGAGUGUGUGUGGGAUUUCAGGAGGUGGAAGCAAGGCUGUUGUGUAAAAGUCCACAGAGUAUCUUGGCAGGAAGUCCCUUCUUUACUGCAGUGUUCACUGAGGUUGGCUGUACUGUGGAUUGGAUUUACCAGGAUGGAGAUGAAAUAGGCCCAGAUACUGUCACACUUACUGCUGUGGUUCGAGGCCCGGCCAGAUGCCUCCUCCUGGGUGAAAGGCCAGCUCUAAACUGUAUUGCACGGGCCUCGGGGAUCGCCACUCGAUGUUCUCAACUCCGAAAAAUGGCAACAGCGAGAGGAUGGCACGGCGAAGUGGCAGGAACACGUAAAACGACCCCUGGUUUCCGACUGGUGGAGAAGUACGCUAUGCUGGUGGGUGCUGUGUCCAUGCACAGGCAGGACUUGAGUGGAAUGGUGAUGCUGAAGGACAACCAUGUCUGGGCUUCAGGAAGCAUCACAGAGGCUGUGAAAGGUACCAGGUCAGUGUGUGGUUUCAGCAGUAAGAUUGAAGUGGAGUGUCGCUCCACAGAAGAGGCCGUGGAGGCAGCCGAAGCCGGAGCAGAUAUAGUUAUGCUUGACAAUUUUCAGCCACAGGCGCUCCAUCUUGCAGCUGGCGCACUGAAGCAAGAAUUCCAAGCUCUGCUGAUAGAAGCCAGUGGAGGAGUGACACCAGAAAACCUAGCCGAGUAUUUCUCUCCAUGUGUGGACAUAAUCUCCAUGGGCUGUAUUACACAAGGGUGCCCAGUUGUGGACUUUUCACUAAAGGUUCAAAAGCCCGUUUCUUAGUCAGACCUCCAUGAAGGAUUGGCACUGGAAACAUAUUGUACAUUCACAAAAAAGGAAUUUGAACCAUUUACUUGCAAUAGAAAUAGUUUACAGGUGAGAAUAAAGGGGGCACAUCUUCCACAUUUAUAUAUAUAUAUAUAUAUUACUACAUAUAUUUGACCUUACCUAAAUUACUGCACAGAGGUUUGGGGGCAAUACAUAUGAGUUUAUCACAUCCACUCUUCAUUCUGCAAAAAAGAGCCAUUAGAAUAGUCCAUAAGGUUGGUUGUCUUGAAUCAGCUAUUUGUUAAGUCUAAAAUAAUAAAGAGCAAUGAUUUUGCGGAAUGUCAAACUGCGCGACUUCUUUACAAAAUAAGGAACAAUUUAUUACCAAGCAAUUUACAGGAAACGUUUCAAGAAACAGAGGGGGUGUAUAAAUUGAGAGAUAGGGCAAAUGUCAGGAUCAAAAAAUGCAGAACCACAAUGAAGAAAUUGGUGUGGAGCUGAAACAAUGUCCAAGUAUCAACCGCUUCAAAAACAAAUACAAACAAAUGACAUUUACAAAACAUAAGAAGGAAGUAGUAGUAAUAUAAAUAUAUCCAUCCACCCAUUUGCAAUACCGCUUAUUAACAUAUAUAUUAAUAACAACGCUUAAUUUCAGUUGUUGCUGCUGAAGAUGGCCAGCCAGUUAUUAGGUUUAAGGGGCCACUACUUCUUCACGCGGGGUCAAGUAACUGAAUAGUUGUUUUCCUUAAUGAAUGAAAUCACAAUUUAAAAACAGCAUUUUAAGUGCACUUGGGUUAUAUUUGUCUGAUAUUUACAUUUGUUUGAUGAGCUCAAACAUUAAAGUGGGCAAAAAAAUAAAAAAUAAAUGCAAAAAUAUAAGAAUUUGAGAAGGGGGCCAAUACUUUUCCACAGCACUGUAUAAAUGUUUGUAUAUACAUAAAAGGGCUAUUAGAAUAAUUAACAAAGCAGGUUACCUCGACACGAUGAACCAAUUUUUCAUAAAGUCUUAUCCUUUCAAAUUUGUUAUGAUGAACAUGAAAACAUUGGAAAUAAUUGUCUAUGUUAAUAGCAAUUGCCUUCCAGAUUUUAUUCCAUAUAUAUGUUUCUUUUUUUAAAUUCAGAGAAGGAAAGUAUUAUUUAAGAGGUUAUAUAUUUUUAAAAGAUGCAAAGCGAGAGCAAAUAUAACAUCGAGAUGUGUUUCUGUUUUGUGAGUUACCAGGACACUGUGUAACAUUUUGGUGUACACUGGUGUAUUAUGACCCAGUUGAGGAGCACCAUGACAGUCAGCCAUCUUGAAACUGAAGUUGCCGUCUUCCUCCUUGACAAGGAAGUCAACACUACCUAAAUUAGCCUACAGCUAACUUUUUUUCAUUCGGUUGUUGUUCUUCGAGGUAUUUUUGAUUUUACGACAGCUACCGUUGUUGUAAUACGUGUUUGAAAACCUGAGGGUCGAGAUAGAAUGCACUAUUCGUUUGGAUCCAAUCCACAAUUUCAACGUUGGAUGGGAGUAAUUCCGACAGUGUCCAUUUAAAUUAUGGAAUAGCCUUAGUAAUGUGCUGAAAUUAUGUUGCACUAAAGACAGAUUCAAAAAGGCCUUCGAAAGUAAAAUAAUUUUGGGUUUUAAGUCAGAGUCAAUCCUUUUUUCUUGUAUUAAAAUUCAUUUUCUUCUUUUUCUACAGAAACCAGUUUUGUUUUUUUGAGAACUGUAAAGGAUAGGGGCAUUAUGUCGCCCCAAGUUAGCUGAGCUAGCCGCCAGCCUGCCUGCGACCCUAGUGAGUAUACAGUAAGCAGUAUGGAAAAUGUUUGGAUGGAUAAAGGUUAGGCAAAACUAAGCAUUGUACUUCAGUUUAUUCCUAUUUUUGGUCUAUGAUUUUUGUUGAGUUGUGUGAUCAGGUUGGAUAUUUUGUAUGAUGUAUUUUUUUCUCUUUUUUUAUACAUUUACACAAUUUAUUUUCUUGUGAAUAAUUGCAAGAAUUACUGAAAUAAAGUAUUCAUUUAUUCAUUCAUUUUUUUAAAUUUUUUUUUUUAGAAUUUUCAAUUGUGUUUAAAAUGUUGUGAAUUUGUGAAAGGCAAUUGAUAUGUCAUUGGAUAAAGGGGAAAAAACAGAAACUGGGAACUCAUUUUGUUUGUGCCAGGCCCCACACACACAAUGCAUGACAAAUUCCUGUAGUUCUCAAAUCUGUCUUUGCAAAAGAGGAAGAACAUUUCACAAGAUCUGAUUCUCCCACACAGAAGUCACAGACAUGUCAAGUAAAAGUCUUACCAAAGAGACCAAAAUAUGUACAAUUAUUAGGUGGCUUAAUAGCUACCUUAACCAACAUUUUGAUGAACACAUAUUUGUGGCGGUCUAGCAUGGUUCCCCAUUGAUUUUGUAAAAUAAAUUUUACACACCGUGAACAAAAGCGAUCCCAAACAUCCUUGAGAAUGUUGAAGUAAUAAAUUUCAUCGAACAUUUUAAAAUUGUAUGUUUUUAUUAUUGUUUCUAUUAUUGUUUCUGUUUCAUUGGCCACUGUGUAUUCAAGUCUCCCCUCAGAUGGCAGAGACUUGGUUUGGAGGCCAUAGGA